GUUGUCUUGUCCUCUUCUGGGCGAUUUUGUCACUAACCAGUUGUUUUAGUUCAAUUAAUGCGGUUAGUGAUUGACUGGAUUGAGUCAAUUGAAUUCAGCAAACCCAGUAAAGAAAGAGCCUUGUUUAUGUUGUGUGGUUUUGUUAGAGAAUUUCUUCCACUGGGAUUUUAAACACAUCUAACCAGAGUUUGUGCCAUGGCUCUCCAAUUUUCCACUUGUGUGCGAAGAUUUUCUAAAUCUGCUGCCUUUUCUGCAGCCAUAAACAAUGUUACAGUUAUUGGAGGAGGGCUUAUGGGAUCUGGUAUUGCACAGGUGGCAGCACAGGCCGGCAACAAAGUAACCCUAGUAGAGGUAAAUGAUGCUGCCUUGCAGAAGGCCACGAGUGGUAUCGAAAACAGCCUCAAGAGGGUUGCUAAAAAGAUCUACAAAGAAAAGCCAGCAGAAGCAGAAAACUUUAUCAAGGAUAUAACAAGUAGGAUUACAUACACCAAGGACUUGCCCGCUUCUGUCAAACAGAGUGAUCUUGUGCUAGAAGCUAUUGUUGAAAAAAUGGCAGUCAAACAUGAACUCUUCUCGAAAAUUGAUCCGAUUGCUCCAGAAAGUACAAUAUUUGCUUCAAACACGUCAUCUUUGUCUAUUGGGGAAAUAGCUUCUGUGACUAAACGGAAAGACAGGUUUGCUGGACUGCAUUUCUUCAACCCUGUUCCAGUCAUGAAACUACUGGAGGUGAUCAGGAUCCCAGAAACAUCAGAUGAGACGUAUACGAAGCUGAUGGAAUGGGGGAAGCAGAUAGGCAAGGUGACAAUAACGUGCAAGGACACGCCAGGAUUUGUUGUCAACAGACUGCUGGUGCCCCUCAUGUGUGAAGCCGUCAGGAUGAUGGAAAGAGGGGAUGCUUCUGCCAGAGAUAUUGAUAUCGCCAUGAAGCUAGGUGCUGGCCACCCAAUGGGACCGUUCGAACUGGCCGACUAUGUGGGACACGACACAACAAACUCUAUAGUUACUGGUUGGCACGAGAAGUACCCGGACAACGCUCUGUUCGAACCUCUCAAGUCGAUGCAGGAGUUGGUGAAGCAGGGGAAGCUGGGAGUCAAGACGGGGGAGGGCUACUACAAGUAUGACAAGAAAUGAGUCACUCAUCAACAAUAUCAAGAUGUGUAAAAAUAUAAGACUGAUACUGCUGCACGGAAAUGUUCUAAACACAGUUACCUGUUACAUACAAAUUGGAACAGUUUUAGUAACAUUGGUCACUGUUCAUAACUAGGUAUGGGGUAAUUGUGAGUAUUGUAUUGUACAUUUUUAAAGUUAUUGAAGGGAUGUUUUAUUGUUUUUUUCGGUGCUAUUCUAAAUUUUUAAUAGAUUUCAAUUCUCCUCCGCUGUCAGUCCAUUGCCUUUCACUCAUGAAUUGUUUGUAGUUUGUUUAGGUAGCAUUAGUUUAUUGUAAUAUUUUUUUUUAUUUACUUAUAUUAUAUUUAAUUAUUAAGUGGAGUAUUGUGUCUGUUUUUACAACAUUUAUAUUAGGUAUUUUAAUGAAAGAGUUUUCUACAGCAGUUCACAUUUACAGCUAAAUAAUAUUGUAAUACAUUAAUAAUUUACUAUCAGGUAAUUAAUUAUUAUUAACAUUAUUAUAUAGUAUUUACGAUUUUGUUAUUAUGCUUAUAUUUUAUAUUACUGUUUAUGAUCAUUACUGAAUUUUGGUCCGGAGUUGCGGUUUUGUACCAAAUAUUUUUCUAUAAAUAAAGGUUAUUUUGAAUUAUU